AAAAAAAAAGAACACUUGAUCAAUUACUUCACUUCUUUCCGUAGGCGCCACCAAGCAUUAAGGCUAAGCUGAACCGCACUAAUCCCAUUUCCCACGAAACCAGAUGCUUAUAAUCUAGUCUCUACAUUCGAGCUCAUUAAUUUAGUAGAGAAGCAUCUCGGGGUGACUGGAUUCAAAAGCUCCUAUUUGUCCAGUGAACUGCUUCCCGAAUUGAACAUUGCAGAGAGACAAUUCCAUUUUCCCAAUAUAUAUAUUUUUCUGAGCGAGCAUGAGUGGAGGAAGAGCCAAACCCAGAUCACUACAUUUCCUUCCCUCGAUUUUCUUCUGUUUUCUCAUUUUGUCGUGUGUUUUGAAACCAUACCGUGUUUCAGCUUCACAACCCAUCAAAACUAUCGUAGUUCUGGUUAUGGAAAACCGGUCCUUCGAUCACAUGCUGGGAUGGAUGAAGAAAGCUAUCAACCCAUUAAUAGACGGAGUCACCGGACGAGAAUGCAACCCGGUUUCUACCAAAAACCCGACCGAUGACUCCAUUUGUUUCACGGAUGAUGCAGAGUUUGUGGAUCCGGAUCCUGGCCACUCGUUUGAAGAAGUGGAACAGCAAGUGUUUGGCUCUGGUUCCAUUCCUUCCAUGUCUGGAUUUGUUGAACAAGCAUCCUCAGUGUCUCCCAAUCUCUCGGAGAUAGUCAUGAAAGGAUUUCGACCCGAAUCCGUGCCCGUUUAUGCCGCUUUGGUUAAAGAGUUUGCGGUGUUUGAUAGGUGGUUUUCUUCGAUUCCAGGUCCAACCCAACCAAAUAGGCUCUUCGUGUACUCUGCUACUUCUCACGGUUCAACAAGCCAUAUCAAGAAGCAAUUGGCUAAAGGGUAUCCUCAGAAGACCAUCUUUGACUCUUUGCACGAGAAUAAAUUGGACUUCGGAAUCUACUACCAGAACAUUCCAACAGCCUUGUUCUACAGAAAUUUAAGGAAGUUGAAAUAUAUAUUCAAGUUCCAUCAGUAUGAUUUGAAGUUCAAGAAAGAUGCCAAGCAAGGGAAGCUUCCAUCAUUGACUGUAAUUGAGCCCAGGUACUUCGAUUUGAAGGGCGUACCUGCAAAUGAUGACCAUCCAUCCCAUGACGUGGCAAAUGGACAGAAGCUGGUUAAGGAGGUGUACGAGACACUAAGAGCAAGCCCUCAGUGGAACCAGACUCUUCUGGUGAUUACAUAUGAUGAGCAUGGUGGAUUUUAUGAUCAUGUCAAGACUCCUUUUGUUAAUAUCCCUAGUCCAGAUGGGAACACAGGACCUGCUCCUUAUUUCUUCAAGUUUGAUAGAUUAGGUGUUCGUGUACCAACUAUAAUGGUUUCUCCUUGGAUCAAGAAGGGGACUGUGAUAAGCAGCACCAAAGGACCUGCAGAAAACUCGGAAUUUGAGCACUCUUCCAUCCCAGCCACCAUAAAGAAGAUGUUCAACCUCUCAUCUAACUUCUUGACUCACAGAGACGCUUGGGCUGGUACAUUUGAUCACGUUGUUGGGGAAUUAACUUCGCCCCGAACAGAUUGCCCAGUGACAUUGCCAGAGGUGAAGGAUCUAAGGAGCAGCGAAGCAAAAGAGGAAGGCAGGCUAUCAGAGUUUCAGAGUGAGGUAGUCCAAUUGGCUGCUGUUCUGAACGGCGACCAUUUCUUGAGCAGUUUCCCAAACGAAAUGAGCAACAAGAUGAGCGUGAAGCAAGCUCAUGACUAUGCGAGAGGAGCCGUUUCAAGGUUCAUCAGAGCCAGCAAAGAGGCUAUCAACUUAGGUGCACACGAAUCUGCCAUUGUAGACAUGAGAUCAUCCCUCACUACUAGAUCCUCAAUUCACAACUGAGAAAUAUGAAAAAGCAGCAACGAAGCACUACACAAUUAAAUUAACUGUGACGUGGUGUUCAGUGGUUGUCUUUGUAUUGUAUUUAGCUAGUCUAGAGAUGGUUCAAGCAGUGCAAUGCAUGCGGCGCUAAAAAUGGGAAGCAAUUGUUUGUUGAGUAAAUAGGUAUAUCCGUGAAUGAGUUGGUAAUUACGAACGGAGUCAUAGAUAUUGAAUAUAUAAGAAGUCAGGCAUGUUAUGUAAUGAAACAACUUUGCCAUUGUUUUCAAAGUUUGUUGAGAUUUAAUUUUUAAGAUGAAAGUGAAGAGUAUUUUGACCUC